UCAAGUCAUCAAAAGUGAUUAAAAAAGUUUAUUAUUAAAAUUAGAAAGAAAUAAAAAAUAGUUUACAUGUUAUUUAAUUAUUGUUAUAUCUUGAGUAUAAGAAAUCGUUAAAUUAGAUUUUUUGGAUAAAUUUUCAAAUUUUAAUUAAAAAAGUGAAAUUACAAUUAACCAUUUACUUUCUUUAUUUGUUACAAUUUAUUAUGCACUAUGGCGUGGUUAUCUGAUCUUGCUGGAAAAGCUGAAAAUAUUUUAAAUAAAAUUGAUCAAAAUACUGCUGCAGUUUUAAGUAAAGAUAAAAAUGACACAGGAUUACAUGGUCAAUUGACAGCUGUUCCAUGGACUUCAUCUCAUGAUAAUUCAUUAUUAAGUACCAAUUAUAGCACCUUAAAUACAUCUAAAAACUCCCAACUUCAAUCUCCUCAAAAGGCAAAAUCUAAUUUAGAACAAUCGAUGCAUAAGGAAGAAGGAUUAGUAAUGCUCCUCAAUACUCCUGCUACUACUCCUAUAAAAAAAUUUAUUAACGAUUCUGUGAUAAAUAAACCAACAAUACAAUCAACAACCUCUAGGGACCAUUUUCAUGAUAAAGAUGCAACAUCUGAAUAUUCUACGCAUACUAAUGGAUCAUCUUUAUUAUUAUCAUCAUCACUAUCUUCAUCAUCAUCGUCAAUAUCAUCAUCUCCAUCAGCGAAACUUCAACAUACAUUAGUGAAUGUACCAGAUACUGUAAACCAAUAUUUUACCAGUGAAGAUGAUCCAUUAAAUACGUAUUCAGAAUCAUCAAACUUUAAAAAAGAAAUCGAUGAGAAGGAAAAUGAAAUACUACUUAUUGAAAAUAACGUGGAUAAAUUUAGUGAAGAUGAGGAAAAAGAAAAAAACCAAAAACACGAAUAUGAAACAAAUCCACAAAAUUUUGAAGUUGAUCAUUUAUUAAAUAGUAAAAAGUUAAAUAAUUCGAAAUCUUUAAAAACAUCUCAUGGAAAAUUAGAAGAACAAAAUAAAAAACUUUAUCGGCAAUAUACCGAUAAUCAAAAAGAAAUAGAAAAAUUGAAAGAGCAAUUACGAAUGCAUGAAGUAGAAUCAAUUCAAUAUAUCAAACAAAUUACUGAUCUUCAGUCAGUAUUAGAAAAAACCAGGUUAGAUUUACAAUCAACAAGACAAGAAUUAGAGCAACAUAGAGCAAGAGCAUUAAAAACAUUACAAGAAAAAGAAAAAUUGAUUUCUGAAUUAAAAGAUAAUAAUUUAAAUACUGGAAUUGAUAAUUCUACAACAAUCAUGGAAAUGAAUCAACUAAAACAAGAAUGUAGUAUUUUACGACAAGAAAAUCAACAACUUUGUGAACAGUUAAAAAUAGCUCGAGAAGAAUUAGUUAAUGCUGAUGUAAAAAUGGAAGAAUGUAAUAGAAAAAUUGUUUUAGCAAAUAGAGAAGCCUAUGAAAUCAUUUCUAAUGAAAAAAAAAGAAGAGUUGAAGCUGAAGAGGAUGCAAGAAUACAUUUAGAGGAAACCCGUAAAUUAAAAGAUGAAUUAUCAUCACAACUUAAUAACUGGUCAGUUAAAUUACGAAAACAAGAAUCUGAAAUAUCACGCUUGAAGUCACGUCUAUCAGCUGUGUCAACACCUUCAAGUGCAGUAGAAACUAGAUUGGCUACGUUGACACAAACUCUUGUAACUAAACAGAAUGAACUUGCAAGUUUAACAACAGAAAAAAAUGCAUUAAAAUUACAAUUAGAAAGAGUUGAACAUGAAUAUCGAAGAAAUUUAUCAAAUAUGAGAAAGGGAUACAACGUAAACGAUACUGAUGAUGCCAAAGCACAAGUGCCAGAAUUUUUAAUGGAAACACCAUUCGAUACAGGUGUUACUCGAAGGGUAAAAAGAGCUUAUUCAACAUUAGACGCAAUUAGUGUUAGAAUUGGACUAUUUUUACGACGUUAUCCUUUGGCUAGGAUAUUUGUGAUUAUCUAUAUUGCAUUUCUUCAAUUGUGGGUAUUGAUUGUACUAUUUUUUCAAUCGCCAGAUGUUCAUUGAUGUAAAAGUAAGCAAAGUCAGAUAUGGUGCAUACAUCUCAAAUAUUAUUGUAGGUUUACUAAUAUAAUAAGAAAAAAAGCAAUAACACAUCGAAUGUUUGUAAUGAAAAUU